AUGAAAAAUAAAAUCAUUCAGUACAUUCAAUACACCAUAUCUGUAUCUCCUAUUACUUUUGACAGUUGUAUAAAAACACUAUAUACAUGUGAAGGCUUGGCCCAUUAUAUCAUACAAACAUUCUGUCCUGUAGUGAUGAUACUUAAAUGUAUAAAGAAAUGUACGUAAAUGUACCCUUAAAAUAAAUCCAUGAAGCAUGGUACAAUUUAAAACACAUUCAUAUGAUUUGUAUAUACUGUAAAUUGGGACAGCUGGUGUUUCUUUUUCAAAAUGGACAACACUAUAAAGGAUCCUUCCAGAUUUUAUAUAUGUACCAGGAUAUGAUCAUUUAGAUUUGUUUGAUUAUUCUUUUAUCUAAUAAUGGGUUUGUAGAAUCAAACCACAAGCUUCCAAAUUCAUUUCAGAUUAAAUCUUAAAUUAUAUUUGUUGUAGGUAGUUUUAUUGUAUAUAUCUAUUGUACCUGGUAUUCUCAUUAUGAAAUAGCAUAAUAUUACAUAAUACAUGAAAAAAUUACGUGAACUUGGCCUCAUGCCUAUCUGUUGACAAUCUUUAACCACCCUGUACUCCUACGUAUAUAUACAGGGUAAGACAGUAACUGCUUUUGUGGAUAAUACUUAAACUCUCAGAGAUAGGCUGAUUUUCCUUUAAAUGACUUCCUUCUUAUGAAUUAAAAACCCUUUAUAUAUAAUAUAUUUUUUAACAUUGCAAUAUUUCCAAAGUGUACAAAUGUAACAGGGACUUUGGUCCAUAAAUAAAGACCUGUUAGUCUUCUAAAAUGAAGGUGAUAUGGAUGGAUGCAUAUAUAUAUGUAGCGGGUAGCGGAACUGGGCUGAGUCAAUCAUCGGCAACCAAAUAGCUAAAUUGGUAGAGCGUCCAUCUAGAGUCCCAGGUUCAAACCCUGGUCUGGUCGUGAAUUUUUCCAUCUCCUGUUAAAGUACAUGCGGUGCCUGUGAUCAUGCAAUCCUUGUUUCAAACAUUUGGUGUACGCUUGGCAAAGGGACAUUUAGUGAUGCUUUCCGGGCGAAAGCCAGAGAAAAAGGAGGGAGGAAUGUAGCAGAACUGGACUGCAUGAGUUGAUCAUCGUCGACCUGCAGGUGGCUCAAUUGGUAGAGCGUCUGUCUAGAGUUCGGAAGGUCCCAGGUUCAAACCCUGGUCUAGCCAGUUACACAUAUACAGGAUCAUCUGUGAGAAAUUCUGUUAAAUCAUUUGGCCUUACACACAUCACUGACAAGUUGUUUUGAGUACAUGAUGUACGGAAGGAAUGCCUCCCUAAGGAUGAGGACAGAGGUAGAGUAGAACAUCAUUUGUGCCUCGCCAUGGAGUAUGUUAAAUCCUGGAACCAGGAUGAGUCGCAGACAGAAAGUGGCAGGACAAAGAACCUUGAGAUACUGGGGUCAGGUCAAGGUCACAUCAUCCCAAACUCAAAGUUCACCCCUCAUGCUCCUCAGGCUCCUCACACCCCACACAGCCGCCCAACAGGUCGACCCCCGUCUAGAGCCAGGAGUGCAAAGCGACGGGUGGACAUGUUCAGGGCUGCAGAGGAUCCUGACGGUGAUAACACAGAAGCAAUACUUGCACAGAUGGAGCAGGUAAACCAGGCUCCGCGAGACCUACCUAUGUACACAGGAUGUGACUGUGUCACACGAACACACAGUGCCAAGCAGGACACCAAACAGUCACCAGAACCCACUGUUGAGAGUUAUGGAGAUGAGGAUUCUAACUCGGAUAAUGAAGGUGAGGUAGAUGUUUCUGUCCUACUUGCAAUGCUAAGGAAGCUGAAGGACACACCUCUUAGACGGACGUCCAACAGAGCCUUUCUCACAUUAGUUUCUAGUCUUGAGACAGCAUCAGAGGUUGACAGUGAACAAGUUCAACAGAUACUGGGUUACCUGGCAGACGAGGUAAUUGUGGAGGUCCAGGAUCUAGCCCUAGGUCUGAUCAAACAACUAUGUUUUCAUCGCAGUAACACGACCAAGUUCAUGGUGGCAGGACUCCUCAACAAUGUGGAGAAGAUCUUGUUGUCCAUGCGGCCUCUCAAACCUUACGUGGCUGCUGUUGGGGUUCUAGAGGCAAUUGUCAGUCAUGAAGAGUUCCUCCCCGUCUGGUUGGAGCCAGUGAUGCGCGUACUCCCUGGACUGAUGCGACACCUCCAAAUUGAGGAGACAGUGGAUGCCAAGUAUGCCAUCUGUUGCCUGUUCCGUCGCCUUGCCCAGUACCCAGAACUCUCAUGGAACAUUCAGAAUGAGGCCAUUCCAGUCAUUGAUGUGACUAAGGGUAACAGUGCAAAAAUGAGUGAGGUGUACACACAGGUGAUGAUGGAGGCUGUACAACAUUCAGACGAGGUAUCCAUAGGGCUGAUACAAAAUGGGGCCCUACCCACCGCCACCAAAAUACUACAGGACGGGCCAUGUGGUCCUCAGAAGCAUGCCUUAGCCUUGUUGUCAGCCUUGACCAAGAAGAACCUGGGGAUCGCCUCUACUAUCGACGACGAGGACCUCAUGACACUGGUGCUGCGAUGUAUUAAGGAAACAAAGUGCAGACAUGUCUGUGCAGAGGCUACUUGUGUGCUAGCCAAUACCUUCAUGACUCGGAGCCGUGGUCGAUGUCGGGAUCUGAUGGUCCACAUCGCAGAUUACCUAGUGCCCGCCACCAUGGAGAUAGAGCUGUUGCAGGCUUACAGUUUGGCUGGGGACUCACAGAAACUGCCUCUUAUAAGGAACCGACAUGAACGCGAAACACAGCUAUGGAAUGGCCUGCACAAACUAUGUCACGUCAUGUGUGACAUCAUAUGUAAGGAAGCCAAGGUGGAUUUAGAUGGGGAUGGUUGUCCACAGAGGAUUGGUCUGACCGCCUCUUCAACGUCUGGCACACCCGCCCCGGGAGUUUCAGUGAUCAGCCAAUGUGUUAGGGUACUGACAAACGUGUGUAUCUGGGCAGCCAGCAAGUCCCGACACGACUUCUACAAGAUAGAUCUUCAUCAUUUUGCACACAUAGAGUCACAGAGGUUGAAGCUGUCCAAACUAAACAGGGUACUCACUCAUUUUAUAUGGGACAUCGCUGGGCGUCUUGUUUCUGCGGUGAUGGCCCAGUUCUCCUCCCAGCUGCGCCGUCUGCUGGUUUUGGCUGACCUUCUGUAUGACACAAAGAUGAGGAUGAAGCAGGAUAUAUCUGGUAGUGUUGUUAAGAAGGGCACCAGUCAGAGGCUGCUCGUGGAGCGUGCUAUCCUCAGAAAUGGGACUGUAGAUCUGUCCAAGAUGUUCGUCAGUGCAGAGAUUCACCUGAUCAAGGUUUGCCUGGACUUUCUGCUGUGUAUGUCUCUGUGUACAUGUAGAGAGUUUCCAAAUCUACAGAAGCAUGAGACCCCACCGGGUAGUGACAGUAACAGAAUCAAUUCUAAUAAUAAAGCCACCACAAAUGGGCGACCACCCAGUGGUGUAUUGUCCAAUGGUCGACCACCAUCCUCCAAGAAAGAAAACGGCUGGGUCAACAAUAACACAGAAAAGUCAAGUAAGGAGCCCAACACAGAGGACGGAGGUGAGUGUGAUAACAAACCUAAGCAGAAACAGAACACAGAGCAGAACGAGCAAGGCCUGGCCAUGGAGCGAAGGAAUCUCCGCAGAAAUCUGUACGAGGCUGGCGUGUUCUACUGUGUGACUCCAUUACUUAGCGCCUCGGACCAACUGUGUCAGGUUCUUGCGUGUCAGAUCUUGAGGUGUAACAUACAGCCCGUCGAGGAGAAAAUACUCUUCCCUUCAUCCAAGGCAACGCGCAGGAGGCCCAAAUCAGCUGUGAAUAGAAAAGAUAUGGAGAAAAAGCUAAAUGUGGCAUUACACCAGAUGUCCCCUGACUUUGCUGUCAUCAUAAAGGAGGCGAUUGGGCCCCGCCCUGGGUCAGCUCAUCCCGCCUUCAGUGUGUCUUCAGGAUCGGGUGAGACUGAUGAUACCAUGACUGUCAGUUCUACCUCGGGAGACGGUAUUGAUGACCAGGGAACUGCAGCCCGAUUGGCUGAGUAUAUGGAGCAGAGUAAGAAAACUGAGAAGAUAAAAAAAUCAGUGGACUUUGGUAUACCAGUGACAGGUCCAACUCUCGACCCGCGACAACCAAUGGGUCAGCAGUGUCGCCAACUCCUGGUCAAAGAGGCCGGGCACAGGGUCAUAUCUGGGGUGUUUACAGCUCCCAAAUCAAACCGACGCCACUUUAUCUCCCUUAUCUAUGACAUCGUACAUCUAGGGGAUCAUGAACUACACAUGAAGUUAGCAGAAUUUGGCUGUAUGCAGAAAUUACUAGACUUCAUAAGAGUCAACACCGACAGUGAACUUCUCGAGAUUAUUGGGCUGAUCAUAGUCCAGAUGUUGAUAAAGAGUGACCCACGCUUGAGACAGAUAUUUGAUCGCCAUGGUGGCACAAGGCUGAUGAUGACCAUGAUGUCUAAGUACAGCAGUGGACCACUCAGGGACGAGAUCAAGAACACCAUGAGAACAGUGUCCAGUACUGGUAUCACUGCAGGUCCUUCCCGAGCAAAGCCGUCGGACAAGGGUAAACCACCCCCUGAUGUGUGGGACCAGAUACAAUCAAGCUGGAAAGAUCAGGACAAAGUCAAGACAGUCCUACGCAACUGGAGGAGUGAUGUCAAAAAGUGACCACUGCAGGGAAGCUAGCUUGUGUGUACUGGCCUGGCAGACUGUAAAACAGCUACAUGAGGACAUUCUCAUUAAGGACUAAAGUACUCUUAUGAGACCACCAAUAUAUUACACCUGUCAAGUGUUUUAUAUAUCCAAUCAAGGCGGACUAUUGUUUGUGAUACCCAAUAACCUACAGAAAAUUAGCAAUAACUUCAUGUCAGUAUUCUUGUAUUAUACAACUUUGAUGCCUUCACUUCAUAAUGAUAGAUACAAAUGCAGUUCAUUUUAAUAAUUAAAAAUCAUAAUUUAUCUAAUAUAGAAUAAUACCAAGUUUGUCAGAAAUAGCUCAUAUAUUUGUUAACAUCAAAAUGUGUACCUGUGUACUGAUUAUAUCACUAUGUUUACUGAUUAUAUCACCGAAAGUCAUCAUCAUUUUAUUUAUUACAUUCAGUAUCAAAUAAUGUUAUUUAUUUAUUCCAUGUUUGAUAUCAACCUCUCCUAAAUGUUCGACUUAAAUUUACUUAUUAUAGGCUACAUACAUGUAUCAUUAAUUUAUGUCAAUUUUAAGACUUCGUUAUAAUCAUAACAUUUCGUUUAUCCUAAUUUGUUGAUAUUAUGUUGGUUCAUUUUAUUUUUAACAGAUUGCAUUUAAGUUAACAGAAGUAUUUGAUUUAUUUGAUAUCUCUUUUAUCAGUACAAGUUUGCUCUCAUAUUCUGUAGUAUGAAUAUUACUUUGGUAAGUUAAUAUCUAAGGGGAUAUGUUCACUUCAUCACUAAAGAUAUGUGUUUUUGUGGUUUUCAUGUCGCAUACGUUUGUAUCUGUCUUAAGAUGUGACUUGACAAUUAAGAUGUAAGUUUUAUCUGAUAAUGUAGUUGACUACAGGUGAGUUAGAUUACAGGUGAGUUAGAUUACAGGUGAGUUAGAUUACAUAGUCUGUUACCUGUUGUUGAUCACCAAUUGUAUAUGUCAAUCUUGGGUGAUAUGUUGUAACAUCCCAAUUAAGACUAAGUAUCCCUCGACUGAGAUAUAUAAAGAUUUCUUUAAAAAUACUUAUCAACUGUGAUUGUUACUGAUAUUGAUGUUUGUGAAAUAUCUAAUGACAUCACACUGCGAUAGAGGUGUGAUUUGUGGUUAUUAGAGAUAGUUCCCAUUUAUGUGUAGCACAAGUAAAUCACAGAGCUUAUACAAAACAACCAUCAUACAUCCCACAUGAGGAAGAUGGUGUAGUAUUUCCUGAGUAUUUUUUUUGCAAGUGAAAUAUGCUGCCAAAUAUCAGGUGAUGUCAAGUGAGGGUACAGACAAAUUGUUACUUACGUGCUAGAAGUACAAGAGUUAUCCCCCUUGGUACAGUGGUAUAGUUGUAUUUUUCGUAUUGAGUAGAUGACCACAAGAAUAUGCACACAGGAAUAUGUAUUUAUAGAUAUAUAGGUGUCAGAACCAUUGCCAAUGUGAACAUUUCCACACUAUGAUCAGUGUCAGAAAUAUUGCCAAUGUGAAAAUUUCAACACUAUGAUCAGUGUCAGAACCAUUGCCAAUGUGAACAUUUCCACCCUAUGAUCAGUGUCAGAACCAUUGCCAAUGUGCACAUUUCCACACUUUGAUCAGUAUCAGAACCAUUGCCAAUGUGAACAUUUCCACACUAUGAUCAGUGUCAGAACCAUUGCCAAUGUAAAAAUUUCAACACUAUGAUCAGUGUCAGAACCAUUACCAAUGUAAACAUUUCCACACUAUGAUCAGUGUCAGAACCAUUGCCAAUGUGCACAUUUCCACACUAUGAUCAGUGUCAGAACCAUUGCCAAUGUGAACAUUUCCACACUAUGAUCAGUGUCAGAACCAUUGCCAAUGUGAACAUUUCCACACUUUGAUCAGUGUCAGAACCAUUACCAAUGUAAAUAUUUCCACACUAUGGUCAGUGUCAGAACCAUUGCCAAUGUAAAUAUUUCCACACUAUGGUCAGUGUCAGAACCAUUGCCAAUGUGCACAUUUCCACACUUUGAUCAGUGUCAGAACCAUUGCCAAUGUGCACAUUUCAACACUAUGAUCAGUGUCAGAACCAUUGCCAAUGUGAACAUUUCCACACUAUGAUCAGUGUCAGAAUCAUUGCCAAUGUGCACAUUUCCGCACUAUGAUCAGAGUCAGAACCAUUGCCAAUGUGCACAUUUCCACACUAUAAUCAGAGUCAGAACCAUUGCCAAUGAGCACAUUUCAACACUAUAAUCAGUGUCAGAACCAUUGCCAAUGUGAACGUUUCCACACUUUGAUCAGUGACAGAACCAUUGCCAAUGUGCACAUUUCCACACUAUGAUCAGAGUCAGAACCAUUGCCAAUGUGCACAUUUCCACACUAUGAUCAGUGUCAGAACCAUUGCCAAUGUGAACUUUUCCACACUAUGAUUAGUCAGAACCAUUGCCAAUGUGCACAUUUCCACACUAUGAUCAGUGUCAGAACCAUUGCCAAUUGGAACAUUUCCACACUAUGAUCAGUUUAAGAAAUCACAACAUGAAUAUUUUCACAUUUAUUCAAGUUUAAGGUUAUGUUAAAAAAGAUGCCAAAUUAUCAAGCAUCAUAAAACCCUAUACACAUCUACAAAUAUAUCUACAUUUGGUAGAAUAUCAUAGUCUUGAUGAAUAUCUAAAUGUGAUUGACAAGAACAUUGAUAAGAAAAAGAAAAAAAGUUUGUAGGUAACAGUUUAGAGAGACAGGAUUACAGCAGUUUACACUAAAACUCUGUACAGUGAAGUUAUGUUGUUCUUUACACCUUAUAACUGAAUACCUCCAGAUUUUGAUAAGGAAACUUCAAAGAUUUGUUUGUAUGACCAAAGCUGUCGAGUAACACACUCAGGUUCCCUACUCCAAUGGUCAGUUUCCUGGCAUGGUGAGCCAUCACAUAACACCUCCAGUCCAUCUGGCUGAUCACUUCAAUAUUUGUUAUAGAACUUCUAGAUGUGUGCAUCAUGAUUAUAAGACAUAUCAUGUAAUAAUCACAGCUGUUACACUCUCAGAUAAGUGCUGCAAAGGUCAAGGUCAUGACAAGGGGUCAAAGGUCAAGGUCGUGACAAGGAGUCUAAGGUCAAUUGAUUCAUCCUAACUUCUGAUCAUCAUAUGAUUUCACUAUGAAACUUCAUCGAUAUGUGUAUUACGACCACCGGUUGUUAUGUUACAGAACACUACCUAGUAGGUAUCCUGAAGACAAAGUUCAUAAAGUGAUGCUUUGAUAAGUUCAUCGAAAUAAUCAGUAUGGAUAGAGCCUGCAUUUAACAACACUGAAUCCUAAGUUACUGUUAAUAUACAUUUACCAUUUCAUAGGGACUAUACCUAGUACAACUUUUAAAAUGUUAUAAUAAAAUUGUCUUAGAAAAGAGAACUUUACGGAGCCCUGGCUUACUUCAUAUUAUUUGCUUUGUAAAUUGACCUUAAAAUGCCUUAAUUGUCAACGUAAGGCCAUAGAAUGUGUUCAAGGUCGCCAAUUUUAUAGAUUUUAUUCUGACAAUAAAAAACUUUUUUUUUAUACUGUAGAACAUUUUAUUUAUACUGUAAAACAAUUAGUGUGUAAAACAUAUUUUCACUUCAAUAUAUUUUCGCUAUUUAUACCCUUUGAAUGACAAACUAAUGAAACAGAAGAAUGAAAAUUAUUACAUACCUAAUGCAACACUGGGCAAAGGUUUGAAAAGUCAAAAAAUCAAACACUGGUGUUUUGAGAAUAUGGCAGUUUCCUACUGUAUAUGGACGUUGAACACCUAGUCAAAUAAUUAUACCAUCAGAUAUUAAUACAAGCUGUAUCUUGCCAAGUAACUAAUAUUAGUUUAAACAAAAUUUAACUACUGUCUAUACAAGUAGUAGGUUUAACUACAAAAUUUACAUAAAUCAGAGAUAUUUCUCUAAUUUUCUCCUUAUUACAAAUGUAUAUACUUGUAUGUAGAAUUGUAUUUUCAGUGCAUUUAGCAUAUACAAUCAAAAGACUAUUGUUUUCUAUAUCAUAAUAUGUAUUAGGUAAGUUUAUUUAAAUACUAAUUAAUUGUGAAAUCUAGGUAUAUAAUACAUUGUACUAUGUUUGUAUAUGAAAUGUUGAAGAUGACAGCUGUACAUUACUGGUGGUGAUAUUGAAUGUGAUAUUAAAUAGAAGUCUGAUUAAAGAUUGGGUCAUUUAUAUGAUUAUACACUUACAAACUGUACACCUCUGGUGUAAUUCUUUUUAAUUGAAGACUCUUUCAGGUGCCAAUUUUUAUUUUUUUCUAAAAAUUAAAAUGAAGAAAGGAUUAUUUGAUUUUUUUUUAUGUAGUUUA